AGGUAAUUCACUUUUAAACAUUUAAAUCGAAUAUAAAGCAAUUUGGACGUGGUUGACUGAUUAUCAUUUUCAUAAGGAUUAAUAUAGCCAGCUUUCAAAGCUGUUAUAUCCGUCAGUCCGUCAAUCAUUGUAACAUUAAUUGGAUGGGAAAAUUAGAAAAACUUAAUUGAUACAUACCAUUGUUGAAGUGGGUUGAGCAUUGUGUUUAUGAUGAACACCUAGGUGAUAAUAAGCUAUAAGAAUUAAUUUAAGAGCGAGGAGGAACAGUUGUCAGGAGACAGGGAGUCCUCAGGGAACGAACAUGCAGUCACAUACACUUCUAACCACCAUCAUUUUGGGGACUUUAAUUUCUCAGGGAUUUACCAAACCGAUGUCAUUAGAUAAUAGCAGGACCGAUGACUCGAGUUCCACGGAAGAAGAAGAUAAUACAAAUUCUAUUGAAGAAGAAGACGGUCCAGAUGACGGAUUGGGCAAUCCCGACGAAAGGGGAGAUGGCGAUAUGAGGGGUUGGGAAGACCUUAUGGGUCCGCCGGACGAUAACCCAAUGUUUAGGAAUGUCAUUAAUAGGAAAUAUUGGGGGACUUACUUAUGGACAGAUGGAAUAGUUCCAUAUGAGUUCCAAGAAGAUAAAUAUUUAGCUGUUGAUGAACUCACACGGAAUUUGACACUUGAGGCAAUUGAAUGGCUAAAUGACCAAAGCGCCAUAUUUGGGAAGGCAUGUUUACAAAUUAGGCCAAAGACACCAUCUGAUGUCGACUUUAUUCGAUUUGAAUCACGGUCUGGAUGCUUUGCAGAUGUUGCGAAACGGGGUCGGGGACAAAUAGUGUCUUUGGGUCCUGGUUGUGCUAAGAAAGGAGUUAUCGCACAUGAAAUUCUUCAUGUACUUGGAUUUUAUCAUGAACAAUCUCGUACUGAUCGAGAUGAAUAUAUUAGUGUACAAUGGGAUAAUGUUAAAGAUGGGCAGAACGAGAAUUUUCUCAUAAGACAACCAAUUUACAUCACUGACAAAGACAUAACAGAUUAUGACUUCGAUAGUAUUAUGCAUUACAGUGCUUAUGCAUUUAAUAAAGAAAGUGGUUUGAAAACGAUUAUACCAAAAGACAAUAAACUUCCCAAGGGUAUACUCAUGGGUCAGCGAACACAUUUCAGCGAGAACGAUUUAAAGGAAAUACGAGAGAUGUAUGGUUGCACGGGACCAAACGGUGAAACGUAUGAAGACAAUAGCAAAAGAAAACCCAAAACACCAAAAACAAAAUCAGAAACCAAAGAAAAUGGAGGAAGCCAAACGAAGAAGACAAAAAGCAUAAACACUGUUCAAUCAAAAUCCAACAAAGAACCCAAAGAAAAGGAAGGAAAUCAAACGAAGAAGAUAAAAAAACAAAACACUGCUCAAUCAAAAAACAACAAAGAAGAUGAAGGGGCUUUUUUAUUCUGUGACUUUGAGAGUUCGUCUUGUAAAUUUUCAAAGGACACGAGCUUAGAUUUUGGCUGGACACGUUCAAGUGGUAACACAAACACUGAAGACACUGGGCCAUCACGUGAUCACACAAAGGGUAAUAAAAGAGGGUAUUAUUAUUACGCCGAGGCCACUGGCCAUGCAGCGCAAGUAGGCGGUACUCUCUCACCAAAAAUUCCCCCGGGGACAUAUUGUUUAGACUUCUGGUUCCACAUGUACGGAUCACAAGUGGGAGAUUUCAAAGUGUUCCUGGUUGAACAAGGGAAAAAAGACAGAACAAAAUUAUUGCGUACUUCUGGGAACCAAGGAGAUGAUUGGAAAAAUGAACAAAUAUCUAUUGACGCAGAAAACAAAUUUCAGGUUGCCUUUGUAGCAGCAAUGAAGAAAAACGGCGACAAAGGAGAUGUUGCAAUUGAUGAUAUCAGGAUAACCAGCGGAUCUUGCCAAUGAUGACAUUUUGUGAUUUGAACUGUGAUGAACUACACAUAUGUCUAGACGUUCUUUUGAACUUGUUUCUUUAUUCAUGGACUUAGAUGGUGUCCCAAAUAUUGUACUGUGACAUACAUAUAAUAUCUCUGUGAGUGAAGAUGGAAUAUUCUUGGCAAAUGCUGAUCUUACUGACAAACUAAUUAUCAUAAACAUCAGAAGGUUAACAAUGUAAAAUGUCCAGCUUUUUUCAAUGGAAGCAAUGGAAGUUAUUUUUGUUUCAUUUUGGUACAAUUUUUUGAUGCACCCGGUUCUUUUUUGAGGUCCAUGAUAUAUUGGACGUUAUAUAUAAUUUACUUUUUCAUUUGUUUACUGUACAUAUUUUGUACAUGGUACAUGGAUUUUUAUAAAGCCAUAACAUCUCUAAUGAUCAGAUGAUGGCCAUCGAAUAAUUGAUGAGCAUGGCUUUCUUUGUUUAAGAUUAUAUGACCAUAAACCAUGGAGGGCUAUCUAGCGUGAACAUGUAUUUUUAUGAAAAUUGUUAGAUUAAAUUAAGCACGGCACGACUUCGUUUUCAUCUAAGAAGGAUGAAAAACAAAAUAACAUCAUCGUUUGUAUCGUUACGACAUACCAGGAAGGAUAAGGAUGUGAUGAGAAUUAUUUUAGUGACCAAACCUUAUACCGUGAAACGUGGUCGAUCUAAAAACUUCAUAAAAUAUUCUAAAACGAAAGAACUCUGGAGUGGUUGUACCAUAAAUAGACUUUAAUGCAAAUCUUAGAUCUUUUACAUAGCUUAAGAAGGUUUCGUCAUGAUACGCACUUCCCUGAUUGGUUUUGGUGCUUCUCAUUUUGGGUAAUAGAUAGUUACACAAAAAUGACAAUCUUAAAGAAAAUUACUGUGUGAUGAUGACGUCCACCGAUUAACUAAAAAUAAGGGUUUGUGUAAAUGUUAUGUAAGACCAUUUUUUAAAUUGUAUUAACAGUGUCUACAAUGUAAGACAAGGUAUAAAGUAAUUUGUACCAUAGAUAUAUGUAAAUGUAAUGUGAUUGUGUAUGGUGGUUGGCAAGACCGCACAUCUGGUCAAUAAAGUUAGUUAAAAGAUAAUGGUUGAAUUUUAUGUUUACCAUUAACUGCCCGAUUCAAUGAUGCAACUGAAAUGGAAGCUAGUUAUAUAGACUAUUAAAGCGUCAGUCAUACAACCGAAAGUCAGUUCAACUGAAAGUAGAUGCGCAGAAAACCUGCGCAGAAAACAAA